GCGGCGGCCAGCUCCGGGAGGGCAGAGCCGGCAAGGGCGGGACUGGCCCGCUGCGGACGGACGGGGGAACCGCGGAGCUAACGGGUUCGGACGCCGCCAGCGGCGGCGGCGGCUUUCUGCACGGGCGGAGGCGGCGACAGGAGCGGCGAGCAUGGCCCGCGCGGCGCCCGGCGCUGACUGAGGAUCAGAGUAGGAAGCAUCCCAGAGGGACCCUGAAAGUGGCUCCACUUCUGUAUGGAGCUUUUCUCUUGCUCCCAGAAGAGCAGCAGGGCCUGAGAAAGAGCAGGGUGCCCCGAGCUAUUGUGGCAUGACAUACGGACCCCAGAGAGCAGUCCUGGUCCUGCCCUGCCCUUCCUGGAAUCCUUCAGCUGUCAAGUCCUAGCACCACCAGAAGGCAACAGCCUCCCAGCCUCACCAGGGUCAUGCUGCGGCAGCCUGGCGCCUGACGAGUGAGGGGGAACCUGCCGGGGGAUUACUGCUAGCACGAGCUAACAGCGGGACAGCAGCCCUCAGGGGACUGGGGAUGGGCAGAACAGCCUGCCUGCAAGGCUGGGCUGGCAGCACCAAGGAGGGCUGGGCCCUGGCAGGGAGCUCAGCACACGUUCAGCUGACCCAGACGGCAUCGGAAGCAGGUUCCUGCUGAGCAGCAGCUGUUCCCAGGCUCUGGAGGACCUCCCAGCAGGAACAGGAGCUCUGCGAACCACCCUCUAAUUACAUUUGGAGCUGUGACCAUCAGAGGGGCCCAGCACCUCGAAUGGGAAGUAGAAAGGCAGAACCUAGUGCAAGGAGGAUCUUGGUCUCUACGGCAGAGUUUUCCGACAGCCACAGCACUUCUUGGGUUUCUUCUCGCAGGACUGGGGCCUUGUUCCCUCCUCUGGUGGAGGGAUUGGGCCAGGAGGGCCAGCUGCGCUGGGGAGGACUCUCGGAUGGAAUCCAGGCCGUUUGAAGCCCAUGUGCUCUCUGCUGUGAUUGGGGUUUUAGGGUUUCCCCACUGCAGGGGACGAGGGGCCGCCUCCGUGUCUGCUCAUGAACCACAAGGACCCCGAAUGCUCCAGACUGGACCAUUUCGAGCCACCAAAGAGGGGGCCCCCCAGAGCUGGCAGCGAGCAACCCCAAGGGACUAGAGGGCUGGGAUGGACUGACCUCCCCCUCUUCAGGGCAGCAGGAGAGUCAGAGCCUCUGUGGCCCAGCUAGUGACAGAGAGACCUGAUGAAGCCAUAAGCCGGCACCCGACUGGCUCAGGGACAGGGGAGCCACUCCUGCCCACUGUGCUUUCUCCUUACAUUGAGGGAGGGUGUGGUAAGGGACCCCUGCCUCUGUCCCCUCCUCUGCACGUGUCCCUAUGCCCUUUGCACGUGGUGCCAGAAGAGGCAGGCUCCGCUGUGGCUGGCCCGUCAGUGGGCUGGGAAAGGAGUGGCCACGGUGACACCCGCCCGCCCCCCAGGCUGGUGGUCUAGCCCCCCGAGGCGCCAAACCAUGAAGUGCUCGCUGCGGGUGUGGUUCCUCUCCGUGGCCUUCCUGCUGGUGUUCAUCAUGUCGCUGCUCUUCACCUACUCCCAUCACAGCAUGGCCACCUUGCCCUACCUGGACUCGGGGGGCCUGGGCGGGACCCACCGGGUGAAGCUGGUGCCCGGCUAUGCUGGCCUGCAGCGCCUCAGCAAGGAGGGGCUCACCGGCAAGAGCUGUGCCUGCCGCCGCUGCAUGGGUGACACUGGCGCCUCUGACUGGUUUGAUAGUCACUUCAACAGCAACAUUUCCCCCGUGUGGACCCGAGAGAACAUGGAUCUGCCUCCAGAUGUCCAGAGGUGGUGGAUGAUGCUGCAGCCCCAGUUCAAGUCACACAACACCAAUGAGGUGCUGGAGAAGCUGUUCCAGAUAGUACCAGGCGAGAACCCAUACCGUUUCCGGGACCCCCACCAGUGCCGGCGCUGCGCCGUCGUGGGGAACUCGGGUAACCUGCGGGGCUCUGGCUAUGGUCCAGAUGUGGAUGGGCACAACUUCAUCAUGAGGAUGAAUCAGGCGCCAACCGUGGGCUUUGAGCAGGAUGUUGGCAGCCGAACCACCCACCAUUUCAUGUACCCCGAGAGUGCCAAGAACCUGCCCGCCAAUGUCAGCUUUGUGUUGGUGCCCUUCAAAGCCCUGGACCUCCUGUGGAUUGCCAGCGCUUUGUCCACGGGGCAGAUCCGAUUCACCUAUGCUCCAGUGAAGUCCUUCCUUCGAGUGGACAAAGAAAAGGUUCAGAUCUAUAACCCAGCCUUCUUCAAGUACAUCCAUGACCGGUGGACAGAGCAUCAUGGGCGGUACCCUUCAACAGGGAUGCUGGUGCUCUUCUUUGCCCUACAUGUGUGUGAUGAGGUGAACGUGUACGGGUUCGGGGCCGACAGCCGGGGCAACUGGCACCACUACUGGGAGAAUAACCGGUACGCGGGGGAGUUCCGGAAGACGGGAGUGCACGACGCCGACUUCGAGGCCCACAUCAUCGACAUGCUGGCCAAGGCCAGCAAGAUCGAGGUCUACCGAGGCAACUGAGCCCGGCCUCGCCGUGACCCUUUCGGACAGCCGCGAGACGGCGGCGCGCGGUCCCGGCCGGGACUCUGGGCCAGCCCGAGGGCGGCGGCCUCGGCAAGAGCGCGGCACCCCUUUGGGCAUCUCCAGGCCUUGGGGGCGACGCGGCUGCGGUCUGGACCAAUCAUGCUGCAAGUCCGGCAAGGGCCGGCCGUCCCCUGCCAAUCAGGAGACUCUGGAGGCUGGCCCGGGCCUGGCACCCAAUCAGCGCUGCAGUCGGAGCGGAGACUCUCCCAACCAAUCAUGCGACUCAAGGAGAACUUCCGGCGCUGGGCCCGUCUCUUCCAAUCAAUGGCCUUCGGAGGCGGGCCGGCGGCCGCUGAAUCCCCACUUCCUUACGCUUUGGGUAGGAUUUUAUUUCAUGCUUUUUAAGGAGUAGUGUGGUUGGUUUGGCCUCAGCCAAGUUCUUUCCUCAGGCUCUGCAGGAAGACUGCCAGUUGCCUGUCGGCCUUACUCGGCCGGGGGCAGCGGCCGCUGGGCUUCCCUUUGCCGGGCGUCCCUCGUGACCUCGGGGUGCGCCGAGGGGCGUUGGCCGUUCCUUUCUGGUGGUCUAGGGGAGAUCAGGUGGUUUCCAGGGAGCGCGCUUUCAUCCCAGGGGAAAAGCUAGAGCCCUCUCAGACCGCUUCAGGCCUCAGAGAAUUUGGGACCCCGUAUUUCCUUUACCUGUCAGGCUCACAUGGGUGAGUGUAAACCCACCAAAGAAACGCAGUGACGUGUGGGUCCUCUCAUCCUCCCUUCUCCCCAUCCCCACCUUUGGCCACCUUAUGGAAUGGCCUUUCUGACCAGGGCAUUGAACAUCUCACCAGAAUACUAAAACUGUAUUCACCUCUUGCUAGGGGGGCGGAAUUUGCCUAGGGCCUAACUCUGGAACACAGGUGUAAGGAACAGGGCAGGGGACAAGGAAGCCCCGUCACUUCAAAUGUAAGGUGCUUCUCACUCUCGUGUACUCUCGGCCCCUUACUGUUCACCCACAACUUUUUUAGUGUCUCUCCCUUGGCCCUGGGCCUCCUCAACAGCCUACUUGUCCUGGAAAAGAAAUCAAAACUUGCCCUGGGAUUGGGGGGGGGGGGCACUGCUGCUUCUCCACCCCUUACCCCCUACUCACUCGUUUUUGGCCGGCUCUAGGGAUUGGAAGCAACACGUAGGAAAGAAGGCUGGAGUUGGGGAGCCCAGCUGCCUGGUGCAUGCACCUUUUCUCUUCACCCAUCACCCCAAAGAGGAGUAGGAAACCUCUUGCUUGGGGGUGAAAUUUGCUUUGGUCUCCUAAUUUAAUUAACUUGAGAUUACUAGGGAUGGCUGACCAACAAAGAUUCUUUUAAAAUUUUAAGCUGGCCAUGCAAAUAGUUGGGAUUCUAGCUGGGGAGGAGUAGACUUGCCCGCCUGCAUGCCUCCUCUCCUCCCCAUGCGUUCCCUUCCCCGUGCUCACUUCCUGCCUCCUCGCUCUAACCCAUUUUUCCAUUUCCAGCUCUAGAAGGGCAGAGAUGCUAACAAACAGGGGUUACACCUGGAAGUUAAUUGCAUGACUGAACCCAGCUUAACUCCCAGAGGAAGCUGCUGAUGGUAUUCUUACCCUUUGAGGUUGGGGAAGUUUCUCAGAGGAGGGGAAAGGGCUUCUGUGAAGCUUCCAAACCACUAAUGGGAUUCCCCCUUCCCAACAGUGAGGAACACAAAUCCCACCCUCUAUCUUAGUGAGCUGAUACCACCAAGCAGCCUCCUAGCCGUUGGUGUAGUUCCUGCAGCUGGCUGUAAUGCAGAGGAGGAUUUUAGAGGAGGAUUGGGGCAGGGCAGUGGGCACCCCUAAAGUUAAUAUAUUGAGGAGUCUGUUCCUUCCCAAUUCCAGAAGUACAAGGAGUAAAGAGUGAGGGUGGAUUUGGGGGGCCUAUAGCGGAAUGCGUCUUUCAGCACACACCCCCCUCCCCAUUUUAGAGAGUCAAGGCACCAGCCAUUCUUGCCAGUCUCAUCUCCGUGCUUCCUGGAGAGGCUGUUCAGAGUGUUUAGAAGAUGAAAAAACAAUGCAAUUAUGCCAAACAGUAUUGAGCAGAAUAAUUUAUUUCCUUUUGUUCCUUUUUCUUCUUGUUUUGUUUUGUUUAAACAUUAAUAAAUCCCCUUUCUGGAAGAGGUA